AUGAUAAAUUAUGAAGAUCUAUUUAUGAUGGAGGAACAAGAUUAUAUCACUGAUUAUGCUAUGGAUUCUGAAUAUGAAAAAAGUGCAAAAAGCACUUACAAGCAAAAUGAAAAAAGUAGA